AUGGGGUCUGUCGAACACACCAACGGUACUGCGCCGCAGUUGAACGGGAGCAUUCAGCACAACGCCGGUUCGGACCUUUUCCGACUCAAUGACCGAACGGUUGUUGGUGAGCACACCUCCAAACACCAAACCGCAUACACGCUGACAGCAGCAGUGACCGGCGGUCUCGGAAGCUUAGGCGUCUCGCUAGCCCAGACGCUGCUGGAAUAUGGUGCCGAUGUAGUUUGCACUGACCUUCCCGAGGCGCCUCAGGAUGAGAUAUGGCUCACGCUCAAGAAAGUCGCCGACUCAACCGGCGGGCAACUAAGAUACGUCUCAUGCGAUGUAACCAACGAAGACAGCGUCUCGCGAGCUUUCGAAAGCGCUGAAUCUGGCUCUCGCUAUCCAAUCCGCGGCCUGGUCACAUGCGCCGGCAUUUCAGGACGGUGUCCUGCCGUCGACUACCCCGUUGACAAGUUCCGCCGGAUCAUGGAUAUCAACGUCACGGGGACGUUUCUCUGUGCCACGGCAGCUGCUCGCGUUAUGCAGAGGCAAAUGGUCUCCGGGAGUAUUGUGAUGCUCGCGAGCAUGUCUGCGACAAAUGUCAACCAGCUCGCCAGGAGUCUGGCUGCUGAAUGGGGUAAUGACGGAGCACAUCCUCCUAUCAGGGUCAACACGUACAGCCCUGGGUAG